UAAAUCAUCAUAAUAUACACUGUUAACGGUAUGUGUUCGUUUUACGCGGAAUAUUACAGUUCCAAUUCUUAAUUGGCUGAGCAUUAACGAUCGUUUAUUCCCUGUGUAGAUCCAUACAUUUUGUUUUUAAAAAACUUUGUUUAAUUCAAGUGACAGUGAUAGUGUUUCCUAAUUUGUUACAUUACAUUUAUAUUAAUAAUUUUUAUGAGAAAUAGGACAAUGACAAGUGGCGACGAAUCUAUUAGUGAAAUACAACAAUUUUUUAAAGGAACUAACGUUUUCAUAACUGGCGCAACCGGAUUCAUUGGACAUGUUUUAGUUGAAAAAAUUCUUAGAUCAUGUUUAGUAAACAAAGUGUACCUUCUAGUCAGGUCGAAGAAAAACAAAGACCCGCAGACUAGAUUACGCGAAAUGUUCAGUUCCCUGCUGUUUACGCGACUAUGGGAAGAGCAACCGGACUUCAUCGAAAAGGUAUUGCUUAUCACUGGCGAUUGCGUGGAACCGAAUCUAGGUUUAUCGGCUGCUGAUGAAGAAUUCAUGGUCGCCAACAUGGAUAUUGUUAUUCACUGCGCCGCCACGAUCAAUCUGAACGGACCUCUUAAGCACACCAGUUUCAUCAAUGUCAGGUGUACCAAAGAUUUACUAUUGAUUGCUCGGCGUAUGCAUAGACUUAAAUCAUUUGUGUAUGUGUCCACUGCGUUUUCGAACCCAAAUCAACCGAUUACCGAAGAAAUAAUUUAUGAUUGUCAUAUACAAGGGGACGUUUUGAUCAACAUGGUCGAAAACAUGUCGGAUUCAGUCUUGAACUCGAUAACGCCCGAACUUUUAGGGACGUGGCCAAACACGUAUACGUUAUCGAAAUGCAUCGCAGAAAAUCUCGUAAAACAAUAUGGUCAAAAUAUGCCGAUAUGUAUCACCAGACCGUGCAUUGUCGGGUUUACAGACAAAGAGCCGGUAACUGGAUGGGCAAAUACAAUGAAAAGUGUACCUGGUUUAUGUGUAGGGUUGGGAUUAGGAGCUAUACACGUGGUAUAUUUAGAUCCGAAAAUUCGAGUAGUAACAACACCAGCUGAUAAUGUGGCAAAUAUGAUUAUUACUGCAGCUCAUCAUGCGUCUAAGACACGUUCAAAACCUAUAAUCCCAGUAUUCAAUUUCGUUCCAAAUAAUAGUGCACCAGUAUUGACAUACGGCCAGGGUGUAAAGUAUAUUGUAGAUAUUAUAUCGAAAAAAGAAUUAUAUUCCGAUAAACAGUUGUGGAAACCAAAUGUGGUUGUAGCAAAAUCAAAAGUAUCAUUUUCUAUACUUUUUUUUAUAUACCAUUAUUUACCAGCAUAUUUCAUUGACUGUUGUUUAUGGAUUACGGGGAAUAAAAUGAGAGCAACAAAAAUAUACAAAAAAGUGAAAACUAUGAUGAAUGAAAUGAAUUAUUUUUGUAUCACUGACUUUAAUUUUGAUGACAGACAUUUAAAAGCUCUCAUAUCAUCACAGAGUGAUCAAGAUAAACAAUUAUUUAACUUCGAUAUAACAAACAUAAAAUGGUAUGAAUAUUUUUUAAAUUCCUCAUAUGGAGUAAAAAAAUAUAUCUUAAAAGACUCUGGAGAUGCAACAGUCGGCAAGAAACGAUACCAAAAAAUUAUGGUGGCUUAUUACAUGUUAUCUACAAUUAUGUAUGGUUGUCUUUUAUAUUUAUCUUAUUUAUUAUUGAAAAUGGUAUAUUUCCUAUAAAUUAAUGUGUGUCUAUAACAUUAUAGAUAGAUAUUAAAUACCCGAAAUACACCAUGCAAUUAUACAUCAGUAUGUAAAUUUAUUAGUAAGUUAAUAAAUAUAUUAAAAAAAUUGAGACAAAAACUAUCCUAUCUUUUAAGUUGGACCAAAAUACACACAAUGUAAAAAAUUUCAUCCCAAUCGGUCCAGCAGUUUCGGAGUUCAUUCCGGAUAAACACUGUUGACACGAAAUUUUUAUACAUAAGAUGUUCUAAAAUCUAUAUAAAUAAUAUAAUAUGGUAUUAAUAAUUAAAAAAUUGUGUCCUGGAAAAAAUAUUAGUACGCUAAAUAUAGCACGUGAAAUUUUAAAAUAUAUAAUGUUAAUAAUAAUGGUGUAAAUAAUUAAAAAAUUCAAUCAUGGAAAAAAAUUUUGGUACGUAUAAAUAUCAUGGUUUAGGUAAGACUUAAAUAAUAAACAUUUAAUGAAUUUUAAUGUACGACUAUAUUAUGCAACACGACGUAUUAUUGUAACAGAAUUAUUUAAAAGUAAAUUGUAUAAAUAUAAAAUAUUAAAGUUUUAAGUUUUUAAUAUUUUAGAUCUAGUUGCUGCACCAAUGAUUUAUAGAUGAGACCCAGCUUACUGUUUUCAAAAUGAAUACAAAUUAUCGCAGACCCAACUUACCUAAUCCCAUUUCUUCCUCGGGUAUUUUUACCGAUUACCGCUGUAUUUUUGCAGUGAACGAUUUUAAUUAAAUGCUUAAUUAUCACACUAGAAACACGAAUAUAAUAACAGUUUUCAGUCCCUUACUUAAUUAUGGUGUACUAUUUAUGAGAGCAGAUCUUACUUCAAAUGUUUUAUAUGCAUAUAAAAUAAUGCUAGUCGUGAUUUUAGAUUUAUUUACAAAAUCGGUAGAACAACCUGCACGUGUAGAUUUAUCUUAAACAUACAUUUCGGUUGUAAAAUGCAAUCAAAAUAAAUCUAAAAAUGAAUAACAUCGAUGCUGUAAAUUUAAUAUAAGUAGAUGCAUUUGUACAUAUUGUAUUGUAUUGUAUUGUAUUGCAUUAAGUA